AACAUUUUAAAGGAUUCCCGUGGGCUUUUUUGACAAUGCUACCUGAGACCCACUGAGUCCCAAAUGGAUCCGCCGUAAACGACAAUUGCACUUUGUGCAUUCAACAAUUUCUUUUCUUCUUUUAUUUUUAUUUUAUUAUAGUUUCUUGCGAUCUUUCUAUUGUCAUCGGCUGACAAUUGAUCGAGCAGCAUGAUUUUGAAUGAAGAAAAAAUUCUUGAAGUUAAUAUAAGCAAAUUCUGUCGCAUCAAGGGGCGUUUGCCACCCACCUUACUAUUAUAUCGAUUACUAGGGCGAAAAAAUGCUCCGCGCACUCGCAGAAGCAUCUUCAUCGCUCUGAUUCCUCUCUGUUAUCAUCUCCUUGUCAACACAACUCUUUAUUCUCAUAGAGUCCGAUAGUUUUUUCAUACAAAAUAUAAUCAAAAAACUGUUUUUUAUGGAUUAUGAAUUUUAAUAACAUUUACAUAGUUUUACUCAGCUUUUUACCGUUUAUUAAUGCAAGUGUUCUUUCAGGAAUAUUGUUAGGACCCAAAGUUUAUGAAGCAAAUCCAGAUGCCAAAAGACUGUAUGAUGAUUUAUUGUCAAAUUACAAUCGGCUUAUACGGCCUGUUGUCAACAAUACAGAAACUCUUACUGUUUGGUUGGGGUUGAAAUUGUCACAAUUAAUAGAAAUGAAUUUAAAAAAUCAAGUUAUGACUACUAAUGUAUGGGUAGAACAAAAAUGGUUUGAUUAUAAAUUACAAUGGGAUCCAAUGGAAUACGGUGGUGUUGAAAUGCUUUAUGUCCCUUCAGAAAAUAUUUGGUUACCAGAUAUAGUUUUAUACAAUAAUGCUGAUGGAAAUUAUGAAGUAACAUUAAUGACCAAAGCAACAUUAAAAUAUACGGGUGAAGUCUACUGGAAGCCUCCAGCAAUUUACAAAUCAUCAUGUGAAAUUAACGUUGAAUAUUUUCCAUUUGAUGAACAAUCUUGUCUGAUGAAAUUUGGCUCCUGGACUUACAAUGGUGCUCAGGUGGAUUUGAAACAUAUGCAACAGCAACCAGGUAGUAAUUUAGUAGCGACCGGUAUCGACUUAAACGAAUUUUACCUCUCAGUCGAGUGGGAUAUUCUUGAAGUACCAGCUUCACGUAAUGAAGAAUAUUACCCUUGUUGUAUCGAGCCGUACUCAGAUAUUACAUUUAAUAUAACAAUGCGCAGAAAAACACUUUUUUAUACAGUUAAUCUUAUAAUACCGUGUGUGGGAAUUACCUUUUUAACAGUUUUGGUAUUUUAUCUACCAAGCGAUUCUGGAGAAAAGGUCUCAUUGUGUUCAUCAAUUUUACUGUCAUUGACAGUGUUUUUCCUCUUAUUAGCAGAAAUAAUUCCCCCUACAUCACUAGCCAUACCGUUACUCGGAAAAUAUUUAUUAUUUACCAUGAUAUUAGUGACACUGUCAAUUUGGAUCACUGUUGUCGUAUUAAACGUUCAUUUUCGAUCACCAACGACUCAUAAAAUGUCCAAAUGGGUAAGAAAAUUAUUUCUCCAUUGGAUGCCACGACUCUUGAUGAUGCGACGAACUCCUUACGCUACUCCAGAGUAUACUGACAUGUAUAUAGAGACUGGAUACUCAAAUGAUUAUGAUUACAGUUACGGCGAUAACGAAAGCGAAUACACGACAGACAUGAAAGAAAAUCCAGAUGAAAUGGACAGAGUUACGCUGGGUUACAAGAAUAUGGAGGACGAAGAUGGACAUCCUCAUGGCUCUAGCCAUGACAGUGAUAAUAUGCUGCUCAAACAUGUAUCUCCUGACGUAAUGUCUGCGCUAAAAGGCGUACGAUUUAUAGCACAACAUAUUAAAGAUGCUGACAAAGACAACGAAGUAAUUGAAGAUUGGAAGUACGUUGCAAUGGUACUAGACAGAUUUUUCCUGUGGGUGUUUACGAUCGCAUGCACAGGUGGAACAGCUGGAAUAAUAUUACAAGCUCCAAGUCUCUACGACACGCGAGUCGCACUAGAUCAAAAUCGAUCCCCGGGAAUUCCUAUGCGCCAGGGUAAAGACAUGCGAACUGUUGGUAUUGGAGAGAUCGACAGUAUUUUGAAUAAACAAUAAUUAAUUUAAAAGAUAAAUAUGCUCACUUAAUAUUAAUUACCAAUUAAUAAUUACUUAUAACUGUAAAAGAAAUA